AUGGCAACCUCUCGGGGGAACCAGUUUGCGGAGUCAUUAUUGGUGUAUAUCGGAGAGGUAAUGCUUAGGGAUCAGAGUGCUGAUAUAUGCGAGACUAGAGUUGUCUCAGAUUAUCAGGAUGUCUUUCAGAAUAUACCUGGGUUGCCUCGUGUGAGAGAGGUUGAGUUCUAUAUCAAGUUCCUUGGCCAUAUUGUCAGUAGAGAAGGCAUAGCAGUGGACCCAGCUAAGGUUUCAAUAGUGAUUGAUUGGGAACCGCCGAAGAUGGUUACCAAGAUUCAUAGCUUUUUGGGGUUGGCUGGCUAUUACAGGAAGUUCAUUCAGGAUUUCUUGAAGGUUGUGAUAUCUCUUACAUGCCUUAUGAUGAAGGGUGUAUAG